UCUUUCAUCAUGCCACACGUCAGCAGUGUGCGCCCUCUGCUCGUGUUCUCGUAUUUGUAUAUAUGAUGUGGAUGGAAGAUCGGCUUAUGUAAAAAUUGUAUUAGGUUAAUCGUACAGCACAUAACGUAUCAAAAUAAUUCACCAAAAUGGUACUUAUUGCUGCAGCGGUCUGUACGAAAGCAGGCAGAACAAUUAUUUCUCGCCAAUUUGUGGAAAUGACAAAGGCCAGAAUAGAAGGUCUACUUGCUGCAUUUCCAAAGCUGAUGAGUUCUGGCAAACAGCAUACAUUUGUAGAAACAGAAUCUGUAAGAUAUGUUUAUCAACCCUUGGAAAAAUUAUACAUGCUACUAAUUACAACAAAAGCUAGUAAUAUAUUAGAAGAUUUAGAAACAUUGAGGCUCUUUGCAAGAGUUAUUCCAGAAUAUUGCAAUUCGAUGGAUGAACUUGAAAUAGCUGAAAAUGCAUUCAAUUUGAUAUUUGCUUUUGAUGAAAUAGUUGCAUUAGGAUAUAGAGAAAGUGUUAAUCUAGCACAAAUCAGAACGUUUGUGGAAAUGGAUUCACACGAAGAGAAAGUUUAUCAAGCUGUAAGAAUGACGCAAGAAAGGGAGGCUAGAAACAAGAUGCGUGAGAAAGCGAAGGAAUUACAAAGACAAAGAAUGGAAGCAGUUAAAAAAACUGGUGUCAAGGGUUCUGGAUUCGGCAAUUCCUAUGGAAGCAACUCUAGUAACUUUAAUCAGACUCCGAGUGUAGGAGAUUCAGCUAACUUAUUACUAGAACCAGUCAAACCAUCGUAUACUCCAACACAAAAGCCUGUUAACUCUGGGCCGGGUACAAUGAAGUUAGGAGGGAAAUCUCAUGAUGUUGAUUCAUUCGUCGAUCAGUUGAAAGAAGAAGGAGAGAACGUUGUAUCAACACCUUUACCUCCAGCGGGUUUAAAAUCAGCACCGAUCACGCAACAGAUAAUCAAUACCGAACCAGUUCAUUUGCGACAAGAAGAGCGCCUCAAUGUACGAAUUAGUCGCGACGGUGGUUUGCAAAAUUUCGAACUGCACGGUUUAAUAACGUUACACAUUUCUGAUGAAAAAUGGGGUAGGAUUCGCGUACAAUUGGAGAAGAAAGAUUUGAAGGGGAUCCAGUUACAGACACAUCCGAAUGUAGAUAAAGACUUAUUCAGGACACGUGCACUAAUAGGUUUAAAAAUCCCUGCGAAACCAUUCCCAUUGAACACUGACGUCGGAGUACUAAAGUGGAGAUUGUACGCUCAAGAUGAAACAGCAAUACCUAUUUCAAUCAAUUGUUGGCCAUCUGAAAACGGAGAAGGCGGAUGCGAUGUGAACAUAGAGUACGAAUUAGAACAACUUAAUCUCGAAUUGAACGAUAUUCAGAUAAACAUUCCAUUACCGAUUGGAUGUAAUCCGAUUGUUAGCGAAUGCGAUGGACAAUACACGCACGAACCGCGACGAAAUAUGCUCGUGUGGUCUCUGCCAGUGAUUGAUUCAUCGACAAAGUCAGGCUCAAUGGAAUUUUCAGCUCCAUCUUCCACGCCUGCAGACUUUUUUCCUCUUGCCGUGUCAUUUUCAUCCAAAACGUCGUACGUCAAUAUUAAGGUAUCUGAAGUUUUGCUUGUUGAAGAUGAGAGUCCGGUUAAGUUUUCAUUCGAGACAGUUUUCUUUACUGAUAAUUACGAAGUGGUGUAAAGGUAUCUAUUAAACGAUAAAAUAUAAAUUUAACUACUUGUGCUAAAUAUGUGCAAGGAAAAAAUGAAGCAGUGUCCAUUGGUAUUAAUUACCAUCCAGGUUACAAUCUUAUUUUUACAUGAUCGUUAUUUUUUACCACGGUUAAAUGCUUGAACGCAGCGAUUUCAACCAAUAUAUUUAUACACUUUACUCAUGGAACAAUUCUGUUCUACAUGAUAUGUUUAACGUGGAAUUAUUCAAGGAAAUUCUAUGCAGAUAUUUUAUAAUUGGUAAAGAAUGGAAAUUUUACAAAGUACACUUAUUCAUCGAUGUACAAGUCUUUCAUUUUAUUUACAUAUUUUUUUAAACCGA